AUGGAAUGUGGAAAGAGCUUCAGUCAGAGUUGGAGCCUUACUCAACAUCAACGGACUCACACAGCGGAGAAACCAUUUAGGUGUAUGGAGUGUGGGAAGGGCUUCAGACAGUCUUCACACCUUACUGUACAUCAACGAACUCACACAGGGGAGAAACCAUUUAAAUGUAUUGAGUGUGGGAAGAACUUCAGACAGUCUUCACACCUUACUGUACAUCAACGAAAUCACACAGGGGAGAAACCAUUUAAAUGUAUUGAGUGUGGAAAGCGUUUCAGUGAGAGUGGAAGUUUUACUCUACAUCAACGAACUCAUACAGGGGAGAAACCAUAUAAAUGUAUUGAGUGUGGGAAGGGCUUCAGUCACAAUGGAAUACUUACUGUACACCAACGAACUCACACAGGGGAGAAACCAUUUAAAUGUAUGGAUUGUGGAAAGACCUUCAGUCAGUGUUCACACCUUACUCUACAUCAACGAACUCACACAGGGGAGAAACCAUUUAAAUGUAUGGAGUGUGGGAAGGGCUUCAGUCACAAUGGAAUACUUACUCUACAUCAACGAACUCACACAGGGGAGAAACCAUUUAAAUGUAUGGAGUGUGGGCAGAGCUUCAUUCACAAUGGAAUCCUUACUGUACAUCAACGAACUCACACAGGGGAGAAACCAUUUAAAUGUAUGGAGUGUGGAAAGACCUUCAGUCAGUGUUCACACCUUACUAUACAUCAACGAACUCACACUGGGGAGAAACCAUUUAGAUGUAUGGAGUGUGGAAAGGGCUUCAGUUGCAGUGGGAGACUUACUGUGCACCAACGAACUCACACAGGGAAGAAACCGUUUAAAUGUAUGGAUUGUGGGAAGGGUUUCAGUGAGAGUGGAGCUCUUACAAGACAUCAACAAACUCACACAGUGAAGAAACCAUUUAAAUGUAUGGAGUGUGGAAAGAGCUUCAGACACACCUCACCCCUUACUCUACAUCUACGAACUCACACAGGGGAGAAACCAUUUAGAUGUACAGAGUGUGGAAAGAGCUUCAGUCGGUGUUCACAUCUUAAUAUACAUCUACGAACUCACACAGGGGAGAAACCAUUUAAAUGUAUGCAUUGUGGGAAGGGUUUCAUUGAGAGUGGAGCUCUUACUAAACAUCAACGAUCUCACACAAGAGAAACCAUUUAA